AAAAGGUGAACCCGAACAAUCGAGUGCUAUGAUUGAUUUGGUGUCUCUGCGCAAUUGAAAGAGAGAUCUACCGAUGAGUGCAAAGAAUGGUUAAUCAGCGAGGGCAUCAUCACCUUUCAUCAUCCAGACACAGAAAAUCUCGAUUCUUUUCAAUCACUUUGUACGUCAUCCUCAUUUUUGCCCUCUCAAUCUUCACUUUCAUGCUCUACAGCAAGGAUGUGUUGGAAGAAGAAGACGAAAAUAACAUGCCGCUUCUUAGAGUUGAGAAGCCCUCAAUUAAUAAGUUAUUAGAUGGUCAACUUUGGCAAACUCCUUCAAGUCUUGGUUUGCGGCAGUGUGUCAAGCCAACAAGUAAAUAUAGAGCUACUCCUGCCUCGGAGCACUAUAUGACUGUAAAAACUAAUGGAGGACUAAAUCAAAUGCGCACUGGGAUAGCUGAUAUGGUAGCUGUGGCACGCAUUAUGAAUGCUACACUAGUGAUUCCUCAACUUGAUAAGAGUUCAUUCUGGCAGGAUAGCAGUACAUUCUCUAAUAUUUUUGACGAACUCCAUUUCAUCAAAUCCUUGGAAAAGGAUGUGAGGAUUGUGAAGGAGAUUCCUAAAGAAUUAGAAUCUCUACCUCGAGCUAGGAAACACUUCACCUCAUGGGCUGGUUUGGGUUACUAUGAGGAAAUGACGGUAUUAUGGAAGGAAUAUCAGGUAAUUCAUGUCGCAAAAUCAGAUUCUAGACUUGCAAACAAUGAUCUGCCCCUUGACAUUCAGAGAUUGAGAUGCCGUGCUCUGUAUCACGCUCUUCGUUUUUCUCCAUCUAUUGAAAGUCUAGGAAAGAAGCUUGUGGAGCGGCUACGAUCACGUGCUCAAAGAUACAUUGCCCUUCAUCUGAGAUAUGAGAAAGAUAUGCUGUCUUUUACUGGAUGUACUUAUGGUCUUACUGUUGCAGAAUCAGAGGAGCUCAGAAUAAUGAGAGAGAAAACAAGUCACUGGAAAGUGAAGAACAUUGACCCCACAGAACAGAGAGAGGCUGGUCUCUGCCCUUUAACUCCGAAGGAGGUCGGGAUAUUUCUCAAAGCUCUUGGUUAUCCUCCGUCUACCUUAAUAUAUCUUGCUGCUGGAGAAAUUUAUGGUGGUGACACACACCUUUCGGAGCUCACUUCCCGAUUUCCUAACAUAGUUUCCAAAGAAAUGCUUUCUAGCACAGAAGAACUAAAGGAUUUUUCAAAUCAUGCAUCUGCAGCCUUAGAUUACAUAGUCUCCAUAGAAAGUGACAUUUUCAUUCCUUCCUACUCGGGUAACAUGGCAAGAGCUGUUGAAGGUCAUCGCAGAUUCUUAGGACAUCGCAAAACAAUCACACCGGACAGGUCUACAGGACGGAUGGAGCACAAACUUUAUGACUAUGCCCUAUGCUCCUCAUGCUGGAAAAGCCUAGUUCAAUUAUUUGAUAAAAUGGAGGCUGGAGAGCUUGAAGAGUCAUCGCUAUCCCUGCCUGUGCUGCAGCUGCAUAGAAAAAGGUUUGGUGGACCUCGGAGGAGAGGAAGUGGCCCUCCUGGAAUCAAGGGCAGGGUACGACUGCGCUUGGAGGAAUCCUUCUACCAAAACCCAUUACCAGAAUGCAUAUGCAACUCAUGAGGUCAAGAGAGGUUACAAGAAAUUGGGACAAAAUUGGCACUCAUCCUCUUCUGAUUGUUGGCGCCCUUCCUUCAUUCGAAAUCUGUGCAUUCCAUGUAUCAGAUGUAGCAAUCAGUUGUACCGUUGAUGAAUCACAGAGUUUGUUUCCCAAUUUGGAAAUGAUUUUGGAAAUUUUCCUCUAAA